CAACAGCGACAAACUGUCUCAAAGCACACGGACUGUCUGCGUCAGUGCACCAUGGAGAGAAACGCUGUACCGGCCCGCAGGAGUCCCUCAGUACCAGAAUGCAACAUCUCCACCUCCACGAUGGCCUUCGACCAGCACUUCACCACAACUGCCAAAGGGAUACUCCUCCUGGCUGAGAUAGUGUGUGGCAUGUUGGUGUGGAUUCUUUUAGGGGGUACAGAGUAUUUUCAUCUGUCUGCUCUCUGCUGGGCAAUGUUUGUUGCCGUCUUGUACUGGGUUCUGACCGUUUGCCUGUUUAUAAUUUACCUCACUGGAGUCCACAACAGGAUACCACAGGUCCCCUGGACAUUACUGUCGCUGUGUUUGAACUGUAGUGCUACAGCUCUGUAUCUGGUGGCAGCAGUAGUAGCUGCUCUCUCAGUCGACCAGGCCAUCGUGGGGAGACACAACUACAACUGCUGGGCAGCAUCCGCCUUCUUUGCAUUUCUCACCACACUGUGCUACGCAGGAAGCAGUUACGUGAGCUACCGUGCCUGGAAAAACACAGAAGAUGGACAAUAGAAUAGACAAAUGGUCUGAACUUGUC